UCGUUUCAAGCUAUUCAGUACCACCGAAGCAGUCGCGCGGGUACCACCUGGUUCGGUACCAUUAACAUCUCUCCACCUCUCACUCUUCUUGGUUCGUGCCUGCUGCUCUCAAAUUGGAAAAACUAUGAUUAAACAGAGCUGAUUUCACUUUCAAAUCGGGCUCUCUUACAUGUCUGGCUAGUACGGUGCGGCGGUACUACUUUCUUCGGCGAGCUAGACGACGGGUUUUUGUGUGUAGUUUUUGAUUUAUUUUGAGUUUGUUGGUGUUUUGUCGCGGGCUGGUUCAAGAGAGGAGUUGAAAAUGUUUGGUGUACUGUGUUGGAUGGUGCUUGCGGCUCUAUGUGCUGUUGAUGUCUCUGCAGAUUCUCCAGAAGUACAAUGUACUCCAGAAAAAAUGCGCGUAGAGAUUCCUCUAACUCCCACCACAAACAGCAUAUACAUCCAGGGACUGAAGGACUACCCCGAUCCAGCUUGCAGACCCCAUACGGACGCUACUGGCAACAUGGCGGUAUUCGAACUGGACUUGGACAACGUGUUCAGGUGCGCCGUGACUAGGGUGGUCAACAAACAAACGGGGAAAAAAAUAUACUACCAGACACUGAUAGUGGAAAAAAAUGAAGCUCAAGGUCAACCAAAAACUAGAGAAACAGUCCAUGUCAAGUGUUCUAUGCUGUCUAUCAAAGAACACACUGUGUCGAGAAGAAACGUUUUUCCAGCUGGAUUUGAGGAACCAAUAGAUUUGGAAACUACGACUAGUCUGAUAGGAAUGGCACCCCAGCCCAACAUAACCGUUGGUGUGCGACAAGCGGGCAAGUUGGUGACAGGAGAGUUAAAUGUUUCACCAGGAACUCCACUGCAAAUGGAGAUAUCUUUGGACCCGGUCUCUACGUCAAUUUAUGGAUUGUUGGUCACUCAUAUGCAAGUAUCUGAUACCAAAGCUCAAGAAGAAACUAUUAUUUAUAACGGAUGUUCCGUCGAUCCGUAUCUCUUCGAGAACUUCAACACGAUCGACGGUGAUAAUUUGGUGGCCAAAUUUAGGGCUUUCAAGUUUCCCGAUUCCACCUAUGUGCAGUUCAAGGGCACGGUCAACGUCUGUCUAGACAGAUGCAAGGGCGUGGAAUGCAGCGACGGCCAGAUAGGCUACGGCCGUAGGAAAAGGGAGAUUUCUUCUUUGCCGGCCGAUCCCAACAAGAUAUUCGAGAUCACGAUCACGUCCUUCAUUAAAGUCAACUACGACGACGACAGCGAGAACUUCGAGGAGAUCGUGAAAAACCAGACGAAAAUGUACAACAAUAAGAAGUUGAUCGUGGGCAACCAGCUAACGGAUGAUGUUAGAUUCUUCAGGACAGACGAGCCAGAAGUCAUCCAAGAACUCAAGGAAGAACAAAAAUACACGUCCAUAGUAGCAGAGAGCUCAACUUCACUUCUAAAUGCUCAUCACUCAACAAUUUUGCUCAUACCGUUGAUCAAAAUUCUCUUCUUUUAGUUGAAAUUAAAAAAGACACUGAAAAUACUCACUAAAACUUUAUACAACGAUAAAGAAAAUAACGAAAUAUAAUAAUUAAUCAAUUAACAUCAAAAAAUGUACCUAUAAUACCUAUAAUUUUGACUCUUUAAUGUAAUUUAUUUUUUUAACUGAGUUAUCAAAAAAAAUUACAAAGAAAUGUAACAUAUAUAUUAUCUACAUCUGAAACGUGCAUUAAUUAUUUUAAAACAACGAUAUUAUAAGUUUUGUACAUAAUAUGUCCCAGAUUUUCAUUUUGUAUUUAUUAUUAUAUGUUUUUUUGUAUAUACGUCUGUGAUAAUGUAGAAUACUGGGUGUUAACUAAUGUGUGAAUUACCACAAAAAAAAUGUAUUUCAACUUCGGACUUCUUAUAUAAAGGCGAUAAGUACAUACAGGGUGACACCAAUUUUUCGAAAUAGCUAACUUUUUACUUAUUUUAAAAAUAUGUCUGCAUAUACAGGGUGAUUUGUGCGAGUCUUUAAGCGAUUGUUUAAUCCAUAAUAUGGCACAACGUCAAGAUUUACACAAGCUAAAAAUUGUUUUUAAAAAGCUUUUGUUAAAAUUACGCCUUUACAUGAGAAGUCCAACAGCAUAUACCGGGUGUCCAGGUAUUCCGUAUACAUAAAAGUAUUACGUACUUUUGUAAUAAAAAUAAGGGGAGUUAAUUAGACACAACUUUCUUCUAUACCUUCUAUAAGUGAUUCAAUUAGAGGGCACAAAUCUCAUUCAAAUUUAAUUUUCGGUUUUUCAAAUAUCAAGAAAUUUGUUUAUUUCUUUAAAAUUUAAUGCAUUUUGGUAUACAAUUACAUAAAUUGUAUUGAAUUAACUAAUUUUGAUUCAAAAACAUGUAGUAGUUCUAUGUCUACAUAAUAUUGGCACACUCUUUAUUUAUUUUAAACUUAGAUCAAGCAAUAAAAGAUUGAAACACCCUGUACAUAUUACAAUAAUUACAAUAUUUUUUUCAUUAAACACGUCAUUUCUGUUUCAGAAUAUUUUUUUCUUUGAUUUUGUAAAUCUUUAGCAUUCUUUUAUAUCCAGAUUAAAAUUAAUCAAAAAUUUUCAAUUUUAUAUGCAUAGUUUUUCCUUGACUGAAAACGAAUACAAUUAUUAUUGAUCUUUAUAUUAUAUACUGCCAGUGUAAUUACAAUAUUUUUUUAAAAAUUUCAUGUAUAUACACGGUGAUUUCCUUAACUUGGAUUAAAUUCAGUUAAUCAAUCAUAUUUAUUUUAUUUUUUUGAAAAUAUGCGGAAAUUAGUCAUGCCAUUUUGAAAAAUUGUCGAUCUCCGAAAUUUAGGAGACGCUAUAUAAAUUUUUC